GUGGCCGUGAUAUCCGUGUCAAGAUGUUUGCAACUGCGGGCGUGAUCUUCCUCGUUGUAGCGUGUGCCAUCGUGGGCGGGGGAGCCAUUUACCGGCGCCGAGGCAGCAAAUGCAGAAGCACUCGGCGGCUGAAGGGCAAGACGGUCAUCGUCACGGGAGGUUCAUCAGGGAUUGGCCUGGCCACGGCGGAGGACCUCGCUCGUCGCGGGGCAAGGGUCAUCCUCGCCUGCAGGAACGCCACAAAAGCCGAUCAAGUUGCACACGGAAUUCGGGAGAGGACGGGCAACGCUGAGGUUCAAGUGAGAGUCCUCGAUACGUCGGACUUCGACUCCGUAAGAAAAUUUGCCAAGGAGUUCAAGGAGACUGAAAAGCGGUUGGACGUCCUGAUAAACAAUGCCGGCGUGGGCAUCCCUGAGAAAAGGUUGAACAAGCAGGGCUUUGAGUUGACCUUGGCCACUAACCACUACGGUCACUUCCUCCUCACUAACCUCCUCAUUGAUGUCCUCAGAGCCAGUGCUCCAAGUCGCGUGGUUACCGUGUCGUCUUUAGUUCACAAGUAUUGUUCCAAGGCUGAUCUCGAGGACUUGAACUUCGACAAGACCCCCUACGCUGUGUUCCCUGCAUAUGCGCUCUCCAAACUGUGCAACAUUCUCUUCACUAAAGAAAUCGCUCGGAAACUGCAGGGGACAGGUGUGGUAGCGAAUUGUCUCCAUCCAGGUGUUGUCGCCACAGGUUUACUAAAUAAAGAAAACACGUGUCUGGGUGCGCUGCUUACCUUCUUCCUCGGGGUUAUUGGCAAGAGUCGAGACGAUGGCGCGCAAACUAGUAUAUACUUAGCUGUGGCCGAAGAAGCUCAACACAUGUCUGGAAAAUAUUUCGUAGACUGUAAGGAGAGCGCUUGCUGCAAGUUAGCCGAAGACGAAGGCCUGGCCAAGAAGCUGUGGGAAGUGAGCGAACACGAUGUCAAACUGCAGCCCGGCGAGGUAUUUUACUAGUGGGCGUCUAUCACUGAGUGUUCUUUUGUUUACGAAGGGAAUUGAUGUGCGUUAACGUUCCUCGCAACUGCAAAAUAGUCUUGGCAUCGUAGGAGAGUGAAUACCACAGAAGCGCAGGGGCGGAGUCUCAAUUUAUAAGUGCGGAGCGCGGACGCCCAAGAUGUUGCCUGACGAAACCGUUUCCGAGUUCAAAAAGGGUAGAGGGUUGGUCGAUGGCCCGUCUACUCUUAUUUUUUUCUUAUUUUAUGCUAUCAUCAUUACCGUUUCUUUUGCACGUAUUCCCGGCUGACUGCAUGAAUUCGCCUGACAUGUUUCACGUUUCCAGCUUUGAGAGGGAUGUGGGGACAAACUUCCCACCUUAACUUACUUUGCUACAACAGAUUGUGAAAAAGAUAAAACGGAAAUGUAGUAAUUUGAAGAAUAAAUAAAAACUGUUUUAAUCAAUUGAUCACUCUUAUUCAUCCCGUAUGCAGCAGAUACAAAAUAAUGCGAAAUAAACAUGAAGCAAGGUAACAUAAUUUAUCAAUGAAUAAAUAGUAUUAGAUAUAAAUAAGUUAAUUACAAACAUUUCUGGUUGAUUAAAACAUCUCCAUAAGCAACUACUUCAUGUUUAUCUCUACAUGAGGACUAGGUCAAGAAUUAUUCUAGAAAUCUGGAUAAUGAUAAUCAACAAUGUAUUCCACGUCCACUAAUUUGCUAUGGCGUGUAUAUAUCCUAAAUUUUAGAUACUGAAAUGUGAUCCAAAACAGUUUAGUAUUUAUAAAGCAUACAGUUCUGACCUGCGUCUCUUUUAGCGGUCAAUUUAGUUGCCAUUGAUAAGGACGUAAAAGCGGUCUUGAUCUACUGGUAUUUUUGUAAACUUUAUAAAGUAAAUUAAAAAAUACGAUCUUGAAAUGUCACUACAUAUCUUACUUUAUUAAUUUAGAAGAAAUAACUUGAUGAAUGAAAAUACUGCUGUUUGGUGGAAUAUAACAUGAAAAAGCACACAAAAAACUUUUUGUUUAUUAAAUAAUAUUUUUCGGGGUACAGUACUUAAUAUUAUGUUUUUCAUUGUCAAAUUUAUAAGUAUGAUUUUAUGUUCUAUUCACAUCUUCAAUUAUUUUCUUGACAAAAUGUAUCCGUUUUUAGUUAUUUAUUGACUGUCUUAAAUUGGUAAUCUUUUCCUUCCCUAUGAUCUCAAAUACAAAGAAUACAAUGUAUAUUGUACUACUACAAAAGGUAUCCUAGCCAAAAAAGUAGAUGCUUGAAAUCCUCAACAGCAGAUACAACUGGGACAAUAUAAUUCCUAAAAAUGGACAGAAUUCAAAGUUCAGUUUAAUCCAAAAACCUUAACUGCAAACCUUUAUCAUUCCAACAAUGCCCACUUUUUUUCCUUUUUUUUUUGGGGAGUUUAAACCAAUCCAUGAUGUAAUCUAUUCCACAGUGUGCGUAUGUGUAGAUAUAUGUAAAUGUGCGUGUGAACAUGUAAUACACACACCUACAUAUAUACAAACACAGAGUAAGUAGCAUUUUCCAUGGAAUUUUGGAAUCCUCAAUAAUGCAUAAUACCUAUUGCAUACAUGCUUGAUACACGUAGAUUUUUCAUUGUUCUGCAAAUUCAUGAUAGGUAGAUUAGACAGCCAAAACUCUAUGAAAUCUGUCUACACAUAGACAGCCAAAUUUCUUUAAGAAACCUGUCUAUACAUAGGUACUGUUACCUAAAAACUGUAUGAAGUUUUGCUUCUACAUUUAAUGAUAAUGAAUAUUCCUCACAAUGACAAAUUUGUAAUGAUAAGAAAUAUGUAAACAAUAAAAU